AUGCUAGCAACACAGGGCAGCAGUCCCGAGACUCCCACCACAACCACAAUCACACCAACAACCACAGCCCCCGCUAUUAUCACACAUGGGAUAUUAAGCAUCACGCUGGUAAAAGCGCGCGAAAUAAUGGGCAGGCAGGGCAAGAACAAAAGUGAUCCGUUUUGUUUGUUCGAGUUGAGUACGGGAGAACAGAGACACUCUACGAGCCAAAUGAAGACGUCGUAUCCACAGUGGAAUGAGGAGUUUACGUACAAGAUCAAAGCCAGAGAUACGGACAAACCGUUCAGUUUGAAG